GCCAGGCGGUGAGAGGAGGGGAGGGGGCGCACCCCACCACACAGAAGUGUGUCUAUAGCUGCCAUUUAAAGUCACCAGCUCAUGACAGGAAUGUCUGUCCCCUGCGCACAGAGAUCAUGUACUAGAUGCGUCUACUUUAUUUUUAACACAUUGGAUGGGUCAAACGAUGGCUCACUGGCUGACGGAAAUGAGGAAUGAGCGUGCUGUGUGCUCGGCCGCAGCUUUUGGACCGCAAGAUUUACAACCCCUUUCUCCACCUUGCCCCCCUGGCUCUCCAAGACCAUUCCCUCUGUGCGGAGUCCACUGCCGUGACCAGGACCGGUGGGAAGCUUCAAUGGGAUUAUAAUUGGCUUUUAAUUCGAGGGACAUCAGAAGGUGUAUAUUUUCCUACAGGAUUAAAUCAAGCAAAGACGUCCUGCUGUGUGACGUCCAUUCUACUGUAUCUCUCCCUCCUCCACUCCUCAUCCUCCCCUCCCAGAGCAGCUGAGGCUGUCCCCGGCCCCCAAUUACCUCACCCCAGCCAACGGCCCCCGUCCCACCGCCAAGCUGGCUGCUGCCAUGACGUCCACCACGGACUUCGACAACGUGGAGAUCACUCAGCAGUAUAGCCGCAUCAACACGCGCUUCGAGCUGCUGGAAGAGGAGCUGGACAAUGACAAGAGCUCUGUACGACUGUUUGAGAGGUCACGCAUCAAAACCCUAACAGAUGAGCGUGAGGCGGUCCAGAAGAAGACCUUCACUAAGUGGGUCAACUCCAUCCUGUCGCGGGUCAACUGCCGUAUCGUUGACCUGUACCUGGACCUCAGGGAUGGACGCAUGCUCAUCAAACUACUGGAGGUCCUCUCUGAAGAGAAACUGCCCAAGCCCACUAAGGGUCGUAUGCGUAUCCACUGCCUGGAGAACGUGGACAAGGCCCUGCAGUUCCUCAAGGAGCAGAGGGUCCACCUGGAGAACAUGGGAUCACACGACAUCGUCGACGGCAACCACCGCCUCAUCCUGGGACUCAUCUGGACCAUCAUCCUCAGAUUCCAGAUCCAAGACAUUGUGGUGGAGAUGGGACAGGCAGACGGGACCCAACGGGAAAGCCGCACAGCCAAGGACGCUCUGCUACUCUGGUGCCAGAUGAAGACUGCUGGAUAUCCGAAUGUGAACAUCACCAACUUCACCACCAGUUGGAAAGAUGGCAUUGCGUUCAAUGCUCUCAUACACAAACACAGGCCAGACCUGGUGGACUAUGGUGGCCUGAAGAAGUCCAACCCAACCCAUAACCUCCAGAAUGCCUUCAACGUAGCAGAGCAGAAGCUUGGGGUGACCAAACUGUUAGACCCCGAAGAUGUGUUCACGGAGAAUCCAGAUGAGAAGUCCAUCAUCACAUAUGUUGUAGCAUUCUACCACUACUUCUCCAAGAUGAAGGCACUAGCAGUGGAGGGGAAGAGAGUUGGCAAGGUGCUAGACCAUGCCAUAGAGACAGAGAAGAUGAUUGACAAGUACGAGACCCUAUCGUCAGACCUGCUGGUGUGGAUAGAGCAGACCAUCAUCGUCCUGAACAACCGUAAACUGGCCAACUCUCUAACUGGUGUCCAGCAACAGCUCCAAGCUUUCAACUCCUACCGCACUGUGGAGAAACCACCCAAGUUCCAGGAGAAAGGUCACCUUGAGAUGCUGCUGUUCACAAUCCAGAGCCGUAUGAGAGCCAACAACCAGAGGGUCUACACCCCCAAGGACGGGGCUCUAGUAGCAGAUAUCAACAGGGCCUGGGAGCGUCUAGAACGGGAGGAGCAUGAGAGGGAGCGUGUCCUGAGAGACGAGCUGAUUCGCCAGGAGAAGCUGGAGCAGAUGGCCAGACGCUUUGACAGGAAAGCUGCCAUGAGAGAGACCUGGCUACUGGAGAACCAGAGACUGGUGGCACAGGACAACUUUGGCUACGACCUGCCGGCGGUGGAAGCGGCGAAGAAGAAGCACGACGCCAUCGAGACGGACAUCGCUGCCUACGAGGAACGCAUCCAAGGCAUAGUGGCUAUCUCGAAAGAGCUGCAGUCUGAGCUCUACCAUGACGCCAAGCGCAUCGACGUGCGCAAGGACAACAUCCUGAGGCUACGGGAUUACUUACUGGAACUAUUGAAUGCUCGCAGGGCACGCCUGGACAAGAACCUCACCCUGCAGAUGAUCUUCCAGGAGAUGUUGUACAUUAUCAACUGGAUCGAUGAGAUGAAGGCUCGGCUCCUGUCUCCUGACUUUGGGAAGCACCUGUUGGAGGUGGAGGACCUGCUCCAGAAGCAUGCUCUGGUGGAGGCUGACAUCGCAGUGCAGGCAGAGAGAGUUCACAACGCCAAUGCAGCUGCUCUCAAGUUUGCCAAUGGAGACAGCUACAAGCCCUGUGACCCCCAGGUGAUUAAGGACCGGGUGCAACACCUAGACCUGUGUUACCAGGAGCUGUGUGCCCUGGCAGCCCAGCGCCGUGCCCGACUGGAGCAGUCCCGACGCCUCUGGAACUUCUUCUGGGAGAUGGCCGAGCUGGAGUGCUGGAUCAAGGAGAAGGAGCACAUCUUCUCCUCGCUGGACUACGGCAAGGACCUGACCAGUGUGCUGACUCUGCAGAGCAAACACAGUGCCUUCGAGGACGAGCUGGGGGCCCGCCGUGUCCACUUGCGGGAGAUCAUGGACGAAGGAGACAAGAUAAUCCAGGCUGGACACUUCGACACACCACAAGUUGGGGAUCGCAUGGAGGACGUGAGGAGGCAGUGGCAGCAGCUGGAGGAGCUGGCAGCGUUCAGAAGGCAGAACCUCCAGGACACCCAGAGGUUCUUUCAGUUCCAGGGAGAGGCCGAUGACCUGAAGGCCUGGCUGCUGGAUGCCAAGAGGCAGAUGACUAGUGAGGAAGUGGGUCAUGAUGAGUAUACCACCCAGAGGCUGCUGAAGAGACAUAGAGGCCUAAGGGACGACGUGGCCAAGAAUGGAGCCACCAUUGACGCUCUGACCAAGCAGGCGGCGGCGCUACCCGAGGAGCUGCGUAACACGCCGGACAUCCAGAGACGUCUGACGGAAAUCAGAGACCUGUACAUGGAGCUGAUGUCCCUGUGCGACCUGCGACAGAAGAAGCUGGAUGAUGCCAUGGCCCUGUACAUCAUCUUCAGCGAGACAGACGCCUGUGAGCUGUGGAUGGGCGAGAAGGAGACCUGGCUGGUAGGGCUGGAUGUGCCUGAGAAACUAGAGGAUUUGGAGGUGGUGCAGAACAGGUUGAGUAUACUUUCUUCAGACAUGGCUAACGUCCAGUCACGGGUUGAUGAUGUCAACAAAGCAGUGAAGCAGCUUGAGGACAGCAGGCACCCUCGUACCAAAGAGGUGAAGGAAUGCCAGACGAGACUGAAUAAGAGGUGGGAGGCCUUCAAGGCCAUGUUUGAGGAGAGGAAGCGGAAGGUGGACUCUGCUCUCAGCUACCACAACUAUGGCCUGGAGUGUGACGAGACAGAGUCCUGGAUUCGAGACAAAACCCGGGUCAUCGAAUCCACCCAGGAACUGGGCAAUGAUCUGAACGCUGUCAUGACCAUCCAGAGGAAACUCUAUGGCAUGGAGCGCGACCUGGCCGCCAUCGGAGACAAACUCACCUUCCUGCGGAGUGAGGCGGACCAGCUGGCCAAGGAUCACCCGGACAACGCUGCAGACAUCCUGGCUAGACGAGCCGAGCUGGACGCAGCCUGGGAUAACCUGAAGGCCACCCUGAAGGACCGGGAGGAGUCUCUGGGAGAGGUGUCCAAGCUGCAGAACUUCCUGCAGGACAUGGAUGACUUCCAGUCCUGGCUCUUCAAGACCCAGAAGUCUGUGGCGUCCGAGGACAUGCCUGAGACUUUGCCCCAGGCAGAGCAGCUGCUGAGUCUCCAUGACGCCGUGCUUGAUGACAUGGGCACACACGAGGAGGACUACUACAAGGUGAGGGACACGGGCGUGGCGGUGACCCAGGGCCAGCUGGAUGACCCUCAAUACCAGGAGUUGGACAAGAGGCUGAAGGGUCUGGACCGCGGCUGGGACGAGCUCCACAAGAUGUGGGACAGUAGGAAGGGCUUCCUGGACCAGGGCCUGGGAUUCCAGCAGUUCAUGAGGGACGCCAAGCAGGUGGAGACCAUCCUCAACAACCAGGAGUACACUCUGGCCCACACGGACAAGCCUGACACCCUGGACGGAGCAGAGCAGGCCCUGAAGAGACACGAGGACUUCGUCUGCACCAUGGACGCCAACAUAGAGAAGAUCGCCAGCAUGCUGGAGGGGGGACAGAAAUUGGUUGACAGGGGGAACCUCUACUCCCCCAGGGUCCAAGAUAAGAUGGACCUAAUCCAUGACAGGUACCACAAGAACAGAGACAAAGCCAACGAGGUUACAGAGGUACUCAAGGAUAACCGUGAUCUUCAACACUUCCUGCAAAACACACAGGAUCUCACUCUGUGGAUAAACGAGAAGAUGUUGACGGCUCAGGACGUGUCGUAUGACGGGGACAGGAACAUUCACACCAAGUGGAAGAAGCAUCAGGCCUUCAUGGCUGAGCUGUCCUCCAACAAAGACUGGCUGAACAAAAUAGACCAGGAGGGUCAGGAGCUGACAGAUGCCAAACCUGAGUUCGAGCCCAUCGUGACAGAGCGUCUGGCGAAGCUGCAUGAGCUGUGGGACAAGCUGGAGUCCACUGCCGAGGACAAGGCCCGUCUGUUGUUUGAUGCUAACCGCUCCGAGCUGUUUGACCAGAGUCAGGCCGACAUCAAGAAGUGGCUGGCUGAGCUGCAGAAGGAGCUACAGGGAGACGAGGAGGUCAAGGACCUCACAAACGCUAACAUCCUGCUCAAGAAGCACCAGCAAACAGAGAACCAGGUGCGUGACCGUGCGCGGGAGCUGGAAGAGCUCCAGAAGGCUGUCGAGAAGCACGGAGGCCUAGCCGGGAGCAGGGAGGACCAGCUUGAGACUGAGCAGCAAGCUAUCCAGAUGGACUUCCAGCAGCUCCUCAACCCCCUGUCCCAGCGCAGGGGCAAGCUGGAGGCAGCCAAGUCCGUGCACCAGUUCUACAGGGACCUGGCUGAUGAGAUUCUCUGGGUCGAGGAGAGGUUGACCCUUGCGAUGUCAGAUGAACACGGCAACAAUCUCCAAGCGGUCCAAAUGCUGUUGAAGAAGAACCAGACAUUACAGAGGGAGAUGGAGGGCCACCAGCCCCGGGUGGAUGAGGUGUUGGAGCGUGGCCGCAGGAUGGCAUCGGCCGCGACAGAGGCGGGCGGGCCGGAGGCUGAGCGUAUUGGACAGCAGGUGAAGGAGCUGGAGGAGGUGUGGUAUCGGCUGCAGGAUGAGAUGGCUAAGAGGAGAGACAGGCUGAACGGAUCUAACCUGGCACAACAGUACUUUAAUGACGCUGAUGAAGCUGAGGCCUGGAUAGGAGAGGAGGAGCUAUACAUGAUCACUGAUGAGAAAGCCAAGGAUGAGCGGGGAGCCAUGUUGAUGUUGAAGCGUCACCUGAUCAUGAAGGAGGCUGUAGAUGACUACUCAGACGCCAUCCAGAAGCUGGCUGACCGCGCACAGAAGAUGCUCAACGAGGACCACCCUGAUGGUGAGUCUGUCAUCCGUCGUCAGGGCCAGGUAGAUAAGCAGUACGCUGGUCUGAAGGACCUGGCAGAGGACCGCAGGAGGAAGCUGGACCAUGCCUAUCAUCACUUCCUGCUGAGCCGAGAGGUGGAGGAUCUGGAGCACUUUAUCGCUGAGAGGGAUGUGGUGGCCUCCUCCCAGGAGAUGGGACAGGACCUGGACCAUGUCACGCUCCUGAGGGACAAGUUCCGUGACUUUGCCCGGGAGACAGGGACGGUGGGGCAGGAGCGUGUGGACUAUGUGAAUCAGACCAUAGACGAACUGAUUGAGGCGGGCCACACAGAGGCUUCUGCCAUGGCCGAGUGGAAGGACAAUGUCAAUGAGAGCUGGGCUGACCUGCUGGAACUCAUAGACACCCGCGCUCAGCUCCUACAAGCCUCAUAUGACCUGCUCAAGUACUUCGAUGAUGGGAAGGAGCUGGUGGCUCAGAUCCAGGAGAAACAUAAUGAGAUACCUGCUGACCUGGGAGAAGACUUCAGCAAGGCAGAUACCUUCCACCGCAUGCACGCCGCCUUCGAGAGGGACAUCAGCGCCCUGGGAAAACAGGUGCAGCAAUUCCAGGAGACAGCGGUCCGUCUGCAUGCCCAGUACGCUGGGGACCAGGCUGUGGAGAUCCAGACCCAGGAGAAGGAGGUGGUGGAGGCCUGGAAAGCCUUGCUGGAUGCCUGUGACGGCCGCAGGAGACGCCUGGAGGAGACAGCUGAUAAGUUCCGCUUCUUCACCAUGGUUCGAGACCUCAUGGCCUGGAUGGAGAGCACCAUACAACAGAUAGAGACACAGGAGAAACCACGGGACGUGUCAUCAGUAGAGCUGCUGAUGAAAUACCACCAAGGGAUUAUGUCAGAGAUCAACCAGCGUGGACCCAAGUUCUCUGAAUGUGAGGAGCACGGCAAAGCUCUGCUGGCUCGCAAACACAAAGACUCUGUUGAGAUAAGUAUUAAGCUGAGCCAGCAGAGGGAGAAGAGGAAGGAAAUGAUGAUCAAGUGGGAGGACCGGUGGGACUGGCUCAGGCUCUUGUUGGAGGUGUGCCAGUUUGCACGGGAUGCCUCGGUGGCAGAGUCGUGGCUCGUGGCUCAGGAGCCAUACGUGGCCAGCAAGGACUUGGGACAGACGGUAGACGAGGUGGAGAAACUGCUGAAGAGACAUGAAGCCUUUGAGAAGUCCACCGCCACCUGGGAGGAGCGCUUCUCAGCACUGGAGAGACUUACUACGUUGGAGCUGUUGGAGUUGAGGAAGCAGCAGCAGGAGAUGCAGCAGAUUGUAACAGAGGAGCAGCAGCGCUCACAGAUGGAGAGCAGGAGAGAAGACACUGGGUUUGCUGAGGACUCUUCUCAGCUCUACACCAUUGAAGAGCAGACACUGGUUUGUACUGAGCCUGCGUCUGGAACAGUGAUGGAGGCAAGUUCAGGUCAGUUGGAGGUGACAGCAGGUGACUCCACGAUGCCCCUGCUCUCUGAGAUGCAGGAGGCUGGCUUGCAGGAGGCUAGCUCUCUGGAGCUGCUGGAUGCCUCUGUGUCUGGACAGACCCUCAGGGAGGGAGAGAUCAGGGCCACUACCCUGCCCGCUGAACCCCUCAGUGCUAAGGCUGUUCUGCAGGAGGGCAUGCUGGGACGCAAACACGACCUGGAAGCUGCUGGGAAGAAGAGUUCUAACAGGUCCUGGAACAACCUGUACUGUGUGCUGAAGCCUGGUCAGCUGUCUGUCUAUAAGGACGCCAAGAGCAUCAGCCAUGGCUCCACCUACCACGGAGAGGACCCUCUGUCGCUCGGCAACGCCAGUUGUGAAGUCCUGACCAACUACAAGAAGAAGAAGCACGUAUUCAAACUGAGGCUUGGCGAUGGUAGUGAGUACUUGUUCCAGUGUAAAGAAAAGAAGGAGCUGGAUCUUUGGACCCAGGCGAUGGAGAAGGCAGUGAAGCCCCUGGCGCAGGAAGAGGUAGGACCCUCAGGGUCCGCAGGGGCCCGGGCCCACAGCUUGCCCCCUCCUUCCUCCUCCACCACCACAGAGCCAGUGAAAGACAAGAAAGACAAGGAGAAGAAGGGAUUCAGUCGGUUCACAAAGAAGAAGUGAGGACUGACUGACGAUAUUUCCGUCACAUGGGCAGAAGUAGUGUACAAUCAGUAAGACAGAUUUUUAUCACCUUAAAAUAUUGAUUUUGUUUUUUACAAUAAAAUACAUGAGAUAUUGUAGUUUUUAGAUUUAAACCUACGCUCAUGCUGCGGAGUGUAUUUAAAGCCAGUGUAUCAACGCAAAUGUCCACCUUUUUCUUUCCCUUUGACAAAAUAUGCUACAUUUAAAUAGUUAAAUUAAAAGCACAGGAAUGUUCUUUUGACACUCAACCGAAGAAUGUUUGUAAAUUUGGAGCUCAUAUCAUAAAAUCAUCAGGAUUGGGUAUGGUAGCUAUUUUCUUUGUAGAGCUUUGUAAAUGCUAUUUUAGCUAAUUAAAUGAUAGGCCUAGUGUUGCCUGAAAGAGAGUGAGACAUUGUACAGUGCUGCACAGUACAAUACCUGCAUGCACGACAAGUACAACAGCAAGUAUGCAAACUAAUUGUCCUAUGCACUGUGAAAGCCAAAUAACAUUACCGAAAUUGGAUGUUAUAGACUGUUUUAGCUGAGAUGAAAGUAACACAAUUGAAAGACAAUAAUGUUACCUUAUUGUCUUGCUUUUACCUAAAACAAAAAAUCAACUCAAUUACUUUCAAACAUGACUUUUACCAGAAUAGCACUGUGGCCAUCUCUGUUGCUGAGAACUUGAAAUAGCCUUUGCCUAAAACACCUGUGUAUCGAAUCUCAUAUCUAUAUACAGUACCAGUCAAAGGUUUUGACACACCUAGUCAUUCAAGGCAUUCUCUCAACCAGCUUUGAAUGAGGUGGGGUGUCCAAACUGUUGUCUGGUACUGUAUCUAAAGAUGCAUGUUUUUUUUUAUAUGGUGCUAUAUUGUCGUGAUAUUAUUUGGGCUCUUCAAUCAGCUCUGCUUUAAGCCAACCUCCGCAUAGCGGUUGUUUUGACAGUGUCGGUGAUGGAACUGUGUUAGAUUUGUCAAAUCCACAUCCUCUAUGCGGGUGUCUGCUAUUGCCGGUAAACGCUUGAUCUGAUUGAAUCUAGGACUCACACUCAAACUAGACCAACUUGGCCUGCCUGAUUGGUCUUUUACUUUGGACUGCAGAGUCAUAUGCAACAGAUUCUAUCACACUUUGUUUGGUUUCACUCAAAACAUCUUCAAUUACAUAAAUCGGAGACAGAAAUACUUUUUUAGUCUGUCAAAAAUCGAGGAUAAAAAUUGUGGGUCAAUCAAAUCUAAAUUGCUUUUCCAAAACCCACACAGUAUGAAAAUUCAUAAUGGAAGAAUGUGUCUGAAUGUAUGUUUGUAUGUAUGUAUGGAAAUACAGAAAGCGUUGAAGACUGGUAAAGACAACGAUGUGCAAUGUGGAAAAACAGAAAAAAUUUAUUUAAUUUGAAAUCGACCGUCAGAAUAUUCAAAUUUCAUUUUUUUCCCCUCAAUGACAUUCGUAAAGUUAAUGAUAGAUAUUUUAAAAAGGAAUCCAUUCUCAAAUAUUUUCUUUUACAUCACCUAAAUCUAUACAUGUACAGUAUAUAAUGGAACUAGGAAAAUAUACUCAUACAUUUGACUACUGACAGUCCAACAUCGUUUGUUUUUCCUUUGUAUCAGGUACACCCCUUUCCUUUGUGCUGGUUGGUUGGUUGCUGGUGUGUGAAAUCAAAUGCCAAAACAAAAUGACCUAUUUACAGAAAAUAUUCAGACCCCUGGACUUUGCCCACAUUAAGUUACACCCUUAUUCUAAAAUGGAUUAAAAAAAAAAUAUAUAUACAUAAACAUACAAUACCCUAUAAUGACAAAGUGAAAACAGGUUUUUAGAACAUUUUAUUUAAUACAUUUGCAAAACAGACACCUUAUUUACAAAAGUAUUCAGACCCUUUGUAUUCAGGGUAUUCAGACUCGAAAUUGAGCUCAAGUGCAUCCUGUUUCCAUUGUAGAAACAUAUCAAGGAUGAUCCAACAUGAUUGGAGUCCACCUGUGGUAAAUUCAAUUGAUUGGACAUGAGUUAGACAAGGCACACAUCUGUCAACAUAAGGUCCCACAGUUGUCAAAACAAAAAUCAAGCCAAGAGGUCGAAGGAAUUGCUCGUAAAGCUCAGAGACAGGAUUGUGUUGAGGCACAGAUCUGGGGAUGGGUACCAAAAACAUUUCUGAAACAGUUCCCCAAGAAGUGGCCACCAUCAUUAUUAAAAUGGAAGAAGUUUGCAACCACCAAGACUCUUCCUAGAGCUGGCCGCCCGGCCAAACUGAACAAUUGCAGGAGAAGGGCUUUGGUCAGGGAGGUGACCAAGAACCCGAUGUUCACUCCAGCAGAGAGCCAGAGUUCCUCUGUGGAGAUGGGAGAACCUUCCAGAAGGACAACCAUCUCUGCAGCACUCCAUCAGGCCUUUCUGGUACAGUGGCCAGACAGCAGCCACUCCUGAGUAAAAGGCAAAUGACAGCCCGCUUGGAGGGCACAUAAAUGACUCUGACCAUGACAAAAGAUUCUCUGGCCUGAUGAAACCAAGAUUGAACUCUGGACUAAAUGCCAAGUGUCAAGUCUGGAGGAAACCUGGCACCAUCCCUAUGGUGAAGCAAGGUGGUGGCAGCAUCAUGCUGUGGGGAUGUUUUUCAUAGGCAGGGACUGGGAGACGAGUCAGCAAAGUACAGAGAGAUCCUUGAUGAAAAGAGUGCUCAGGACCAGGGCACAGGUUCAACUUCCAUCAGAAUGACCCUAAGCACACAAUAUGACACAGGAGUGGCUUUGGGACAAGUCUCAAUGUCCUUGCCAGAGCCAAGACUUGAACUCGAUGGAACACCUCUGGAGAAACAUGAAAAUAGCUGUGCAGCGACGCUCCCCAUCCAACCUGACAGAGCUUGAGAGGAUCUGCAGAGAAGAAUGAGAGAAAUUCUACUAAUACAGGUGUGCCAAGCUUGUAGCGUCAUACCCAAGACGACUCGAUGCUGUAAUCCCUGCCAAAGGUCCUUCAACAAAGUACUGAGUAAAGGGUCUGAAUACUUAUGUAAAUAUAUAUUUUUUGUAUACAUUUGCAAAGGUACAGUGCAUGUCAGAGCAAAAACCAAAACACAAGGUCAAAGAAUUUUCCCUGUUUUGCUUUGUCAUGGGGUAUUGUGUGUAGAUUCAGGUAAAAAAACAAACAAAUUUACUCCAUUUUAGAAUAAGGCUGUAACGUAACAAUGUGGAAAAAGUCAAGGGGUCAGAAUACUUUACAAAUGCACUGUACAUGUCACAUUGUAAUCAAUUUUGACACUAGAAUAAAUGUUUUACUGAAAUUGAUGCUACAUAGGUUGUGUCCAAACGCGAAGUUGCUUUUUAGGGGUAAUCACUCUAAAUCGAAUUGACCCCAAACCUACUACACAUUGCCUUUUAAUGUACUGGCUGUACUGUCCCUCUAGAUCCUUCAUCCAUUACACUUUCCCACCCUCACAUCUACUCACCACAUACUAAACUCAACAUCUUUAUCUUCCAGUCCUCUGUAUAGUGUUUUUUUAAUAAGAAUUUUCUACUCUCUACAAGCUAUGUAAAAUAUCCCAAAAUGUUGACAGAAAAUGUCUAUUACAUUGAGAGGUGAACUUGAAAAUAAACUCAUAAACCGAUA